AUGGAAAGACCUGCUCUGAAGAUUACAUGUAGUCUUCUUGCUGGAUGCCUGCACUACAGCCUCUUGGCAGCCAUCUCGUGGAUGCUGAUUAUGUCAACGGAUCUUUACCUGAAGACCAAACGUCCGUUUGCUGACCAUGAACAACGCUUUGUUAACAGUCGUUACAUUGGUUGGAUUGGACCUGCCAUUGUUGUUGUGACGACUGCUGGUAUAACGAGGGAGAACUACGCAACUGACAAGUGCUGGUUGGAUACCAGGUCAGGUGCCAUUUGGGCUUUCAUUUCUCCUGUUUGUCUUACACUUCUGAUUGUCAUGGUACAGUUGGUGAUUACUGGAUACGUAGCUUUUGAAAAAUCCAAAUUACCGAACCAAACACGCAAGAAAACUCAGAAACUCAAACAAAUCAGAACUCUAUUCCUUGGUAUGCUUCUGCUUACACCAGCUGUUGGACUUACAUGGAUUUUUGGUGUUAUAAUUGUCUUUUGUGAUUCGGAAAUGAUGGAAUACAUAUUUGUAUUCGUAAAUUCCAUGCAAGGAUUUUUCAUCUGGCUCUCACAGUGUGUUUUUAGCGAAGAGGUUCAGCUUACAUUGAUGAAGAGGUUCAAAAAUCAAAUAAGACAUGAUAUCAGCAUCAAUACUAUUAUGAGCAACAGUACCACUAACACCAACUGUGUUACGAUUGAAGACUUGUAGGCCUACGUUUUAGCCCUAUCCAGACUAUAAAAUUUUCUUUGAAAAAAAAACUGCUGUAUGCACAUAUAUAGUCAUGAUGUGCCUAUAUAUGGCCAUGAUGUGAUGUCAUCAUGACCAUAUUAAGGUUUGUUUUAAAUUUGAUUGCAGGUUCAGUUGACACUGAUGAAGAGGCUCAAAAAUCAAACAGGACAUGAUAUCAACAUCAAAAUGAGCAACAUCAGCAUUAACACCAACCAUGUUACGAUUGACCUGUAGGCCUAAGGUUUUAGUUUCCUCAGCGAAAACCCCAAGAAAUAUAUUUUGUAGACUCGGUUUUAAUACAUUUGGUCAAUCAAUCAGAUUGAAAACUGAUAUAAUACAUUUUGGUUAAAAUAUAUACAUAGUUGAACAUCACAUGCACAUGAACAUGAAUAUGCAUAAAAGGCCCUACCUAAUACAGUAAUAAAUUUUAAAAAUAAAAAAAAUAAUUUUAACAAUAUUAAGAAAUCUGUUUGCAUGCGUUUUUGCCUAAAAUAACAGGAAAUUUAAAAAUGAAUCUUUUAUGACAUUAUGUGGCAGUAGGUCCUUAUGUAGAAUGGAGACGAAUUGCCCAAAAGGGGGUCUGAGGUCCAGGCAUGAUGGCCGAUCUCCCUGACACAAUCAAAGUAGACAUGCUGCAUUUUUGGCCGUUAACAGAACUGGUUCAUGGCACCCGGCUUUUGGAAAAAUCCGGGUUAUAAUAUCCUGCUGGUUUGUUGAAUAGUGAUGGGUUCUUAAAUUAUUUAUUGCCACUGAAGCCCAUGAGAUGAAGUGAGUGAUUGUAAUGGGUUUCUUGUUUACAUUCCAAUGACUAUGUUGCUGGCCAGUACUUUCUUGUUAACUCCCAAUGGACAUUAUUCUUAAAACCAAUUAAAGUUGAAGUUUAUGGAGCUGCUAACAGCUCCCUCUGGACCAUUUGACAGCUCACUCUCAACUAUCAGACAGCUCUCUAUGGACCAUUUCUGCUAAUGGGGACUUUUUCUGCUAAUAGGCUUUAUAAAUGAAAAUGUUAUGUACAAUGGACAAGAGAAUUGGCUGUAAUAAAAUACCCAACUCCCAGGUGACGAUCUGUU